UUUGUAGUCAAGAUCCUUAGCAGGGAUUAGAGCUACCAUCCAAAUCCUUAAAAAAUAUAUGGAUUUUGAUACUCUUAUUUUGGACCUCUUAGCAUGAGUCAAAUCUUACUAGUAGAUCUAAUACCUAAAUUAGCAUUUUUAAGUACCUUUCAUAGUCAUCCUCUCCCAGGGCAAACCAGAAGGGGAAUUCUUUAUUAUGUCACAAUGAUCAAAGGAGGACAUUCUAUAGAGAUAUGCAGAAUAAAAACAAGAAGAAGAAAGAAGACUAUAAGAGAGGCUGGAGAUAGAUUCAGUGAACGUAAAGGCUACAAUAUCUGAGACUGAAGCAAGUUUCAUAGAAAGGCAACACUAAUCCAAGAGAAGCUCUACUUAAGUCUUUCAUGAUGGCUGAUUCAGCAAAACUGGCCAUUUUUUAACUUGUCACUCAUAAUAGAAACAUACAAGAAACAAAGUAUACUACAUACGGGACAAAAGUGAAUAAACCGAUUGUUAGUCAAUAUGGCUUCAUUGGAACAACAAAAAUCCGAAAGUCCACUCCAAUGUAGAAGCUUCAACUACAUCAGAAAUACCUCCCUCCCUCCCUUGCUGCCUUUGCGCAGAGCAAGUUUAACGCCAGAAAUGGAGAACUACAGGCAUGGCUGCAUGAGGGAUUCCAUGCUUUGUAAUCACCUCAUCCUAAAGCCAGAAUUGGGAAGAACACGAAGAAAUUGCAGCGUGUUACCAGGAUUUGAUUUUGCAUAUGGAAAGCCAAACUGCUAUGAAGACAGUGUGGCUAAAACAAUCGGACAAUGGAACAUACAUUCAUAUACUACUCCACUGAAAGUAAUCCCAUCUAAUUUUAUUUCCUUAAAUGCAAAAGCUGUACAGGCUGGCUUCGUUACUCCUGCAGAGCACCAUGUAUUCAGAAGGAGUUAUCCCAAAAUCAAAGAAAUUAAAAAAAAUAAACCAUCACCAGAAAUUCAUAUCCCAAAAAAGCCUGCCAAUGAUCCAAAGGUCAAUAUAGCUGACCUAAUGCAGGAGAAGUUCAAAAAUCAAUGGAGACAGGAAAGAAUUCUACAAGAUUCACAUUGUUAUAAAAAAACAUUCAAGUUCAUACCAAAAGUGGGUUACUAUGAAACUUAUGGCACCAAGAUCAAGCCCUAUCAUCCAAAUAUCAAACCAUCUCCUCCUUGGAGAAUGGCCCAAUUUCAGAAAGCUAAAUCUUGUCUUAAUACCUUCUCAGAUGAGGAGAUUCACCAAAAGUCACUCAAGAACUUCCGUGCAGAAGCUCCUGCUAGAUGUGGUACCCUAUCUUUGGGCAUUUACACUAAUACAGUUUAAGAAAAAAAUGUCCUAAUGAAGAAAUAGAACACUAAAUAGUAUCAUUGUAAUGAAAGGUAGUAAAUUGUUUUGAGAU